GCGUCCCGCUGGCCCAGACCUAGGAACUGCUUGGGCUUGGGGGCAAGGAGUCGGGUCGCGGGUCUCCGGUGUCUCGGAGGUUGCCCGAGCUCUCCCAGCCUCCCGCCUUCGGAGGAGCCUACCCCGCGAGGGCGGGGCGAUGCAGGGGAACCGGCAGCCGAGGGUCCGCUCCGGGAACCAGCCUCAUCCCGCGCCCGCCAUGAAGCCGGCGGGCAGCGGGGCCUGGGCCCACAGCCGCGCCGCGCUUGACCGGCUGGAGAAGCUGCUGCGCUGCUCACGCUGCACUAAUAUUCUGAGGGAGCCUGUGUGCUUAGGUGGAUGUGAGCACAUCUUCUGUAGUAAUUGUGUAAGUGACUGCAUUGGAAGUGGAUGUCCAGUGUGUUACACCCCAGCCUGGAUACAAGAUGUAAAGAUAAACAGACAGCUGGACAGCAUGAUCCAGCUCUGUAGUAAGCUUCGGAAUUUGCUGCAUGGCACUGGUUUUUCAGAUUUGAAAGAAGAAACAUCUAGGAAAAGUUUUUUUAAUGAUGCACAAAAUAAAAAGAAUUCAAUAAAAAUGUGGUUUAGUCCUCGAAGUAAGAAAGUCAGAUAUACUGUGAAUAAACUUUCAGUGCAAACCCAGCCUUCUGUGAAAAAUGAUGAAAAUGCUCAGCAGACCUCCAUGUAUGAAUUUGUCUCUACGACCCCUCCGGUGGAGGUUUCUGAGAGGCCUAAGAAGCCUUCCACAAAGUCUAGAAAAAAACAGAAAAAGAAAACUUUAGCUGAAGUCAACCAAAAAUGGAAUUUAGAGGCAGAAAAGAAAGAUGAUGACCUUGACUCCAAAAAAGAAAGUAAGGAAAAGCUGGUGUCCUUCUGUAGCCAACCAUCUGUGAUUGCUAACCUGCAGAUAAAUGGUGAAAUAGACUUACUAGCAAGUGGGUCUGUAACAGAAUCUGAAUGUUUCGGGGACUUGGCUGAAGUCUCUUUACCAUUGGCUGAGCAUAUAGAGUCUCCAGAAAUUGAGAGCAAGAAUGAAGUAGUGACUCCUGAGAAGACAGUCUCUGCAAACUAUCUUCCGUCCAAGAAGUCCUUGCCAUCAGGUUGUAAUGGGAAGCGUGGGCGUCACAACAGAGUUUCCAGUCCUGUUUCUAAGAGAUGCAGAAGCAACAGUCAGAGCACUGGUGGAAACUCUGCUAAGCAAACAGUGCUGUCAGAAAACAUGCCAUCGCCUGGCUGUUCUUCACCACCUUCAAACAAAGUUGGUGACACGUUAAGGAGGAAAAGCAUUACUAUAUUGGAUGAAUCCAUUAGCCUUUCACCAGGUACGCCGCCUUCUUCACUGAACAGUCCCAGUUACAGACGAAUGAUGUGUAGUCCCUCAGCAACGAAGCUGAGGCCCAUUAGCCUUACAGCUGUGAAGAGAAAUCAUCGAGGAGAGACUUUGCUCCAUAUUGCUUCAAUUAAGGGCGACAUCCCUUCUGUUGAAUACCUCUUACAAAGUGGAAGCGACCCAAAUGUUAAAGACCAUGCUGGAUGGACACCAUUGCAUGAAGCCUGCAAUCACGGGCACCUGAAGGUGGUGGAAUUGCUGCUCCAGCACAAGGCGUUGGUGAACACCACUGGGUAUCAGAACGACUCACCCCUUCACGACGCGGUGAAGAACGGGCAUGUGGACAUUGUCAAGCUGCUGCUCGCCUAUGGAGCCUCCAGGGAGGCAGUCAACAUAUUUGGUCUGCGGCCUGUGGAUUAUGCAGACAGUAAAAAUAUGAAAUCGCUGUUGCUGCUGCCGGAGAAGAAGGAAUCAUCAUCAACCAGCCAUUGCUCAGUAGUAAACACUGGUCAGCGUCGGGAUGGGCCUCUUGCACUUAUAGGCAGUGGACUUUCUUCCGAACAACAGAAAAUGCUCAGUGAGCUUGCAGCUAUUCUUAAGGCUAAAAAAUGUGCUGAGUUUGACAGUACAGUAACUCAUGUCAUUGUUCCUGGUGAUACAGUUCAAAGCACCCUGAAAUAUAUGCUUGGAAUUCUCAGUGGAUGCUGGAUCCUAAAAUUUGAAUGGGUGAAAGCAUGUCUACAAAGCAAAGGAUAUGAACAGGAAGAAAAGUAUGAAAUUCCUGAAGGACCACAGAAAAGCAGGCUCAACAGAGAACAGCUGUUGCCAAAGCUGUUUGAUGGAUGUUACUUCUAUUUUGGGGGAACCUUCAAACACCAUCCAAAGGACAACCUUAUUAAGCUUGUCGCUGCCGGUGGGGGCCAGGUCCUCAUUAGAAAGCCCAAGCCAGACAGUGAUGUGACUCAAACCAUCAAUACAGUCGCGUACCACGCCAAACCUGAUUCUGAUCAGCGCUUCUGCACACAGUAUAUCAUCUAUGAGGACUUGUCUAAUCAUCGCCCAGAAAGGGUUCGGCAGGGCAAAGUCUGGGUGGCUCCUUCCAGCUGGUUUAUAGAUUGUGUGAUGUCCUUUGAGUUGCUGCCUCUUGACAACUGAACUCGCACAGUGUGAUAACCUACUGAUUGCACUGUUUUCAUCAGUCACAUUUUUACAAAUAGGUAGACUCAUUCAUAUACUUUUUACCCUUGAAUUAAAAAAUAUAUAUAUAUUGUUUGUCAGAUUAGGAAUUCAUUCUGUAUUUACCAUUUAGAUGCUGAGUGCUGAGAUUGCUUUAAAGAAUUUUUCUUUUUAAAACUAGCAUAUGUGUUGAUUCAUCAUGUCUUUCUAUUCACAUUGUGCUCAGAUGCUCAGUCAUGUCCUACUCUUUGCAACCCUGUGGACUGUGCCCACCAGGCUCCUCUGUCCAUGAGAUUCUCCUCUCAAGAAUACUGGAGUGGGUUGCCAUCUUCCUCCUCCAGGGGAUCUUCCGGACCCAAGGAUAGAACCUGCAUCUCUUGCAUCUCCUGCAUUGGCAGGAAGAUUGUUUACCCCUAGCACAACCUGGGAAGUCAUUAUUCAUGCUAUCAGAUAUCAAAGAUUAAUGAGAUGGUAUCAGAACUGUUGGUUACAUCUACAAGUGGUAUCAUUGUGUCUCUCGCUUUUAAUGUUCUUUGAUGAAAAGAAAUCCACACCUGCCACCAGCAAAAAUAUUUGCCUUUGUUUAGUAAGUAGACAGUAUUGUCAAAUAAUUUAUUCUGGUUUUGUUAUAAUGAAAAUAGUUUACCUGGUCUAAAUGUGCCACCAUAGGUGUUAAAUUUCUUUUGCUUUCUACAGUUGUGUUUUAGUUCCUUAUAAUUUACUUGGAUGUCUGUUCGUACAUUUUUAUCCCCCUUUUCUAAAAAGAAAAAAAGUCUUUUAAUCAGGAAAUCAUGAUUUGAAUCUUCACAUUACAGUUUUUUGGUGAAAAUCAACAUUGGGCUCAUGAUAUUUUAUUGUAUAUACUUGCUUAUUAAUAAUCAGCUUAUAACUGUGUUAAUAGUAUAUAUAUCUAUCUGUGUAGAACAUUUUCUCUAGCACAUUUUUAUUUCGCUAUUUCUUAGGAAGUCUCACCAGACUAACAAAUUUUUAGUCAAAUAUAAGUGAAUUAGAAUACAGUCUUUCUGGUAGACCUUAACAUAUAUCCCUAACAUAAUAUUUUCAUAGGUCUUAAUUUCUUUCUUCAUAAACUGUUUUUCAUGUUUAGGUUUCUGGGAGGGCAGAAGUUGGUAAUUACUUGAUUUUGAACAGAGUUUGUCCAGAUGAUACAAAAGGCUGUGACAAUAAGUUUAAUGGUAGCAAUGAAAAGGGCUCACUUAUGAUUCCAGGACUGCCAAGGCCUCGAAGUAGUGGACAGGACCUCAUCUGAGAAUGGGGAGACCUGGGAAGGUUCCUGUGGUCUGAGUGUUCUUAUUUGUGAAUCAGCAAGGUAGAUUGGAUCAUUUAAAAACAUUUUUCUAAGAAGUAGAAUUCUUUAAUAAGUCUUUCUAGAAAUUUAAUGUACUUAUAAUAUUGAAAACACGGGAAGGGCGUUACUGUGAGACUUGCCAGCUUUGUCCCUUUUGGUAAUCAUUAGGUUAGAAUAUGGAGAGUCUGAAGUUCGUGAACAUUUUAAGAUCCAUUUAUUUGAAGUUUGAAAUUUGGCUGAUUGUUUCAAAAUAAAGUUUACUUUAAUUUCU